UGUCCGGAUGUAGCUGUCGUCACCCGACAUUUGUUGUAAACAUGGCGUCCGUGACAACAGCCACCUCAGAGUGGAUUCAGUUUUUCAAGGAUGCUGGCAUCCCAGCCGGCCUCGCAGUCACGUAUGCGGUCUCAUUCGUGGACAACAGAAUUCACAAGAACAUGCUGAUGGACCUCAGUAAAGACAUCAUGAUGGACCUCGGCAUUACAGUCAUUGGUGACAUAAUUGCCAUUCUUAAACAUGCCAAGCAGGUCUACAGGCAGGACAUGUGCAAAAUGGCCACAGAAGCCAUCUCCUCAGGACAGACCAGUGUUAAAGCUGAGCUCAGAAGAACUGCCAAUACUCCUGCCACUCGUAUGAUUGCCAACGCUUUGAGCCAUGACUCCCCGCCGGCCACUCCUGCCCGUCGACCUGACAACCGCCUGUCCGUCACAGUGUCCAACACGCAAGCAAACAAGAGUAGCAAAGCAGUUGUAAGUCAGCCAGCUGAUGAGGGGAACGGUUUGCCAGGAGUGAAGCGCCGACGUGUGACAGCAGAGAUGGAAGGCAAGUACAUCAUCAACAUGCCCAAAGGCACAACGCCUCGUACACGCCGCAUCCUGGCCCAGCAGGCCAAGAAAGGUUUGAAACGCACCUCUGUGUUUGCAAGACUUGGGGCUGAAUCAAAGGCAGACACAACAACAAGCAAUAACAAGCCCACCGGUGUGUUCAGUCGCCUGGACAGAGGGCCGGAAGAGGCAAACAGGCUGAGGCUGGCCAAAAUGGCUGGAAACAAUGUAGAUGACGGGGACAACAGCGACGGAGACUGCUCUGUCCUCCAGUAUGCUGGCGUCCUCAAGAGACCCGCACCCUCCCAGACGAAAGAGCCAGCCACCAAACCACCGCCGACCACCCUGCGGCGCCUGGGAGGCAAAUUCAAACUACCUCCCUCUGACACUCCCACCUCUUCCUCCACCUCCGCUUCUUCCCUCAAUGGCCUCCCCCCCGCCAAGAUUAGUGUGCUUCAGAGACUGGGCAAGCUCCCUUCCACACACCCGAACAAGGCUUUGUCGCCCACGCCUGCCGACACACAGGACAACAGGGUGACCAGCACCAGGCCCAAAGCCCAGGAGAGACUAACCAUAGCGAGCCCCAAGGUCAGCAGCAGCACUGGGGCCUUAGCUGGAGGAGCAGCAGCAGGAGGAGGAGAGUCUUUGGGUGCCCAGAUGGACGUUAGGGCUAUCAGUGUUUUUAAGAGACUGGGCAGCAAGAAAACUUAACACAUACAAUCCUAAAACUAAGAAUAGACUGUUUCUAUAUGUCCUUUAUAGAAUUUUUAUCACAACCUUUUUGCAUUAAUCCUGACAACAUGCAGGACAGCUGAUUGGAGCGUUUUUCUUGUUCAGUCUGAGUGCGUGGACGUUUUUAAUGCUGCAUUGUGGCUUUAGGGUUACUCUUAGAUAAAAACCUAUGAUUUCUUUUUUUUUUUUUACACUUUAGUUAUUGGAUAAUCACCUUUUGUUUAGUGUCCAAGCUUUUAAUUUGAGGGCUCAAAGUUCUCUGUAUUACGUUGCUCAACCAGGAAGCUAUUUCCUCAUGUCUCCGUUAUAUCUGCUGUUUAUCAUUUGUAAAGAAAUAUAUGUUUAACUAUAUUUGUGAGCUUAAGGCAUGAGCAUGACGUCAACCAGGCUGCCAUAAUGGUGGUUUGAAUUUUACCCUUUAACUCCACAUAUAAGGAUGCUGCUGCCCAAACUUCCCCUUGUUUGAGUCCUCCUGAAUUUAAGUAAGUAGUUGAAAAUGCCUGAAAGUGAAUUUAUUUCUUUUUCUCAAAAUGAUGUAAAACACAUUGAAGUUUUAUUCCACACCACAAGCAAUUUAAGUUUAUUCUUGUUUUAAAACACAGGAGUGCAGACUAGCUAAGAGGUGAGGAUUAAACGUUUCUCUUUGUUGCACCAUCUCAAAAUGACCUUAUCAUGUUUUGAAAGUAAAAAAUGGGUAAAAGUUCUUAUUUUCAGUGUGUGGAAAACAAAACUCAAAUGGUUACACAGAACGACCUCUCUGAACACUUGAAUCAAGGAAAAGCACCACACUUCCUCCUCUUCUUCUGCAUUUUGUAGGGUAGAAGUUCACACCUCUGAACCAUGUCAACUUUUCUACCAUAGUACUAAACAUUUUCUAAAACCACCAACUUGAAGGUCAGAUCAGUAGAAUAUCAUUUAUUUUGAAAUGCAAUGUAUAGAUUUGUUAGACUUUAUUUCAAACCACACAGAACCUGCUGCAUAUUUUUCUAUGUGGACAGUCUUGUAUUAUGUAUCCAUGAAAUGAAACUCCGUCAGGCCUGGUGUCAGUAGGAAGUUCACCUUUAUCCCCAGUAUGGGCCAUUAACACCUGUGUACUCUUUUGGUCUUUCAGACUUCACACCAGAACUUUGUAACACUGUAAAUAUUUGAAGUAGUUAAAAUCACAUCGCAGAGCAAAACACACCUUGAACUGUCUGAAUUUUUUGAAGAUAUUAUGGGAGAAAGUCUUGAAUUUGGAGAACCCUUGGAAAAUAAUUAAAAGAGAAAAGGGUCCAAAUGUC